AUGGCAGGAGAAUCAGCAAGUUUUGAUGAUCAUGAACACGAUGUAAAUGCUUCAUUCAUAAAAAAUCAUGAACAUGGAAGUAAAAAGUUGUCUGAAGAAAUUGCAGGUAUGUUAGAAAGCUUAAAGCCAUUCCCAGAAUCACCUUGUUGUAUCUACAAGGUUUCAGAUCCCAUUCGCCAAUCGAACGAACAAGCUUAUACUCCUCAGGUAAUAUCAAUUGGGCCAUUUCAUCGUAAUAACCCAAAAUUGCAGUCCAUGGAAGAGUUUAAAUUGAGAUAUCUCAAGAGUUUCAGAGACCGAGCCAAAAUAAACUUGGAAGAUUUAGUAAGCACUAUAAAAGGUGCGGAAAAAAGUGCUCGGGAAUGUUAUUCAGAGAGAAUAACACUUGACAGUGGGGAUUUUGUGAAAAUGAUCCUGGUUGAUGCCUGCUUCAUUAUCGAGUUUUUCUGGAAAAACUGGUCGAAAAUCUGGACCAAGUACGACCGUAGAAUAUUAACUCCGUGGCUGAGUAGUAGGGUGCAGUUGGACUUGAUAUUACUUGAAAAUCAGCUUCCUUUCUUUAUUAUUGAGAAAAUAUAUGACAUUGCAUUUCCAUCUAUCUCAAAAGACCACCCCUUCCUUGAGCUUAGCUUUUGCCAGUUUGAUUAUUUUAACGUUCAACGAUACAAGCAUAGUGAUUUUCGAUCGACGGGAAUAUUAAUUUUGCACUUCACUGACUUGCUUAGAAACUUUUGCUUGCCUCCUCGUGAAAGGCGACCGAAAAGAAAUGUUAACAUAAUGAAGGAAAUGCACAGUGCAACCCAGCUGGCCGAGAUAGGAUUGAAGUUUAAAAAGAUCACGAGCAAUUCAAGCACUAUUCGCUCACCGCUUGAACUAAAAUAUGCAGACGGAGUGCUGGAAAUCCCAUGCUUUCAGUUAGACAUUACCACGGAGAUUUAUGCUCGAAACCUCGUCGCCUUGGAGGAAUGGCACUUUCCUGAAGUUGCAUAUAUUACUGAUUACUAUAUCCUGUUAAGUUUCCUUAUCAAAACAGGCGAAGACAUGGAUUUACUUGUACGGAAGCAGAUCAUCGCUAAUUGGCUAGACGGCGUCGUGGCAACUUCCAUGAUCAACAAGCUGUCUGAAAAAAGUUUAUAUUCACAAAUGAACUCUCAUUAUCAAAACAUGGCUGAAGAGUUGAACGGAUUCUAUGCUAAUCAAUCAAUGCUCAGGGCCUGGAGACGUGCUUUAUUUAGAUCGCCUUUGAUCGGUUCUUCUGCCAUAUCCGCUUUUCUUUUGUUGUUGUUCACUUUCGUGCAAUCUCUAUGCUCUCUCCUAUCGCUCAAGUACUUCUAA